CUUCCUGCUGCCCUGACAAUGGCUGCUCGCGGCGUGGGGCUCUUGACCCGUUUGCCCCUGUGUUCCCAGAGAAGGAACCGAGUCCCGCGCUCUGUUUCCAGGCACCUCAGUUGUCCAGGAACUAUAGCCGCGAGCGUCGGGAGCGAAGAACAGAUUUCGGGGGUUGCGGAAACAGGCACUGAAGACAAGACCCUCCAAAAGAAAUUCUCUGAGGUGCAGAAAGAGAGAAGAGAACAGGCUCAGCGGACUGUUUUGAUACACUGUCCGGAUAAUAUCAAUGAGAAAAAAUUUCUUAAGUAUUUAUCCCAGCAUGGACCAAUCAGUAAUCAUUUCUUCUACGAGAGCUUUGGUCUCUAUGCUGUUGUAGAAUUUUGCCAAAAAGACAGUAUAAACUCCUUGCAGAAUGGAACACAUACUCCAACCCAGAGCACAGAGGCUGCAAUUCCAUUUAAGUCACGUUUCUUGAACAUAAGGCUGAAGAAUCCAUCUAGUCAAAUAUCUGGACAGACAUCUGUACAGACAAACAACCAGUCGCCUCCUUCAAGCAAGAAGCUCUUUGAAUUACUGAGCUGUGCCGAAAGUAUAGACGACCAGGUGAACUCUCUCCUGAAGGCCUUCCAGCUCACAGAGGAGAACGUCAGGCUCCGCCAUCUCACCUGCUCGCUGAUUGAGGACAUUGCCACUGCGUAUUUUCCCAGCUGUGUCAUCCGGCCCUUUGGCUCCUCCGUGAACACAUUUGGCAAAUUAGGAUGUGAUUUGGACAUGUUUUUAGAUCUAGAUGAAACUGGAAAACUUGAUGUUCACAAGAAUACAGGGAAUUUUUCUAUGGAAUUUCAAAUGAAAAAUGUUCCUUCAGAAAGAAUUGCAACCCAGAAGAUCCUAUCUGUAAUAGGAGAGUGCCUUGACAAUUUUGGCCCUGGAUGUGUGGGUGUUCAGAAGAUACUCAAUGCUCGAUGUCCACUGGUGAGAUUCUCCCAUCAGGGCUCCGGAUUCCAGUGUGAUCUGACUGCUAACAAUAGUAUUGCUUUGAAAACUUCCGAACUCCUUUAUAUAUAUGGCUCCCUGGAUUCGAGAGUAAGAGCUUUGGUGUUCAGUGUGCGAUGCUGGGCCCGGGCACAUUCCUUAACAAGCAGUAUUCCUGGUGCUUGGAUUACAAACUUCUCCUUAACAAUGAUGGUCAUCUUUUUCCUUCAGAGAAGAUCACCUCCCAUUCUUCCAACUCUGGAUUCCCUAAAGUCCAUAGCAGAUGCUGAAGAUAGAUGUAUUCUAGAGGGGAACAAUUGUACAUUCAUCCGGGAUAUGAAUAAAAUUCAACCUUCUGGAAACACAGAAACAUUAGAAUUACUACUAAAGGAAUUUUUUGAGUAUUUUGGCAAUUUCACUUUUAAUAAAAAUUCCAUAAACAUUCGACAGGGAAGGGAACAAAACAAGCCCGAUUCCUCUCCUCUGUACAUCCAGAAUCCUUUUGAAACAUCUCUCAACAUAAGCAAAAAUGUGAGUCAGAAUCAGCUACAAAAAUUUGUGGAACUGGCAAGAGACAGUGCCUGGAUUUUGGAACAGGAAGACAAGGAUCAGCCUUCGAGUAGGCAGCCCUGGGGACUGGCUGCCCUCCUGCUGCCACCUGGGGCAGGCCACGCUUCUCUAUCCCGGAAGAAGAAGAAAAAGCCGAUGAGUGAAAAAGUCAAAGGCUUGCUAGCAUCCAUAAAAAGCAACAGCCCUGUCAGUCCCACAGAUGCCAGUGGAAAGCGAGUGAUCAGUACGCAGGCGUGAUGGCAACAUUUUGGACUUCCAGGAAGAACUGCCACCAAAUGUUGACAGGCCUUAACAUUUACAUAUCUGGUGUCAUCACCCUUUUACUUGGUCUGAAGUUCUGGAUAUUUCCUUCUGAUCAGGUGGAGUUAAUUAAAAUAUCAGUGACAAAAAUUUGCAAAACACAUUUGAGCUCUGCAGAGUGAAUGAUAAAAUGAAUUUUAUCAGCAUCCUGGUUGAUACUUCUGUCAGUCUCUAGUUGAAAAUCACUUCAAAACCCUUUCAGUUACCUUUAUAUAUAGGUGAUGAAUGCAAUAAAGCUCCAAAUUUGAUAGAACUCGUUAGUAUCUAUUUUCUAUUUUUCAAUCAAAGUUCUCCUAUUAGGUGUUUUGUCUUCUGGUUAGUUAUAAAGCAAUGAGCUUGUAUCUCAUCGGGCUCCUUAUGCAGAUUUUGUCUUUGUUGAUUUUCCUGCCCCUUCCACACCUCCUCCUCCCACUUUUCUUCCCCUACUAGCCCUCAGUUGCCUUUGCUUCGUGUCUGAGCGACUGUUCUGCUACUCUGUCGGUUCCCUUCCCUGUAUAGUCUUCCCCACAAAGGUCCCAGAGUUUCAUGAUCUGUACCUCAUACUGCUUCACACAUGAUAUCAAAAGUGAACCCAAAGCUCACACAGGAGAGGAAAGGCACAGCUUUGUCCUGGAUCUGUGGUACUUCAAGCAGAAUUCCCCCAUUCCUAGUUAAACAGGUUGUGUUUGAUUUCCCAAACUCUGUCUCUAACACAUAAAAAUGCCGACACUUCAGUCACUGCAUUCUGUGUUCCAAUCAGAUAUGUAGAAUUGUGGAUAUAUUGUAUUUUCAAGUCAAAUUUUAUUUUUGUUUUCAAGAAUAAAACCUUUUUUCUACUGAA